AGUCGCGACCGGUAACCAGGACAAGACUUUUUCUGUCUCGACGCUGAUGAUCACGCCUGUGCCCGCAUCGUAGCCUGCUCGUUGCUCACAAGACCGCUUGACCAGCCUCGCUUCGGCACCACAACCACCACGGCCGCUGGUCCGCCCUGGCCUGCCAUGGACAACAGCAACAACAACAACACCCCGACAGACCAAUACCAGAACACAGCCAUGGAUCAUCCUUCAAUGGUGCUCGCCCAGGCCCGAGAGCACCUCGAGGCUCUGCGCAGUGCCGGCAUCAGCCGCGAGGCUCUGCUUGCCAUGUUCGAUGAGCAGGCACCUGCCCAGAUGCUUGCGCACUCGCCGCUCCAACACCAGCAGCCUCAACCGCAGCAGCAGCCAUCACCACCACACUUCCAGCAGAUGCCCCAGCAGCAGCACUCUCCGCCCGAGCUUCAGCAUCAGCUCUCCUCAGAUGGUCAGCAGCAACAACAACAGCAGCCACAGCAGAACCUCGAUGUCCCUCCACAGCCUCAACAGCCUCCUCCGCCUCCUCCAAUGCUCCACACCCCGCCGCAAAUGGCGCACUAUGAGCAGGAUUCUUCUUCACAAGCUUCACCACAGUCGUCUCACGACCCUUUGUCAGCUACUCUGCCACCCCCCGGAGUUCCCGGCGGGUUCAAUGGCAUCCAGGGCCACCAGUAUAAGAAAUCAGUAUCAUCGUCCAUCUCCAGCAACUCCAGCCAUGAGAGUGUCUUUUCCUCCGCGUCAGCCGCCCGAAGCACCCUCUCUGUGUCAUCUACCGGCUCUGCCCCCGACAGCAAGUUCUGGUGCACGUCCUGCGACAAGACAUUCAAGCGCAAGUUCGACUGGAAGCGCCACGAGGAGGAGUUCCAUGAGCGCUGGCGCAAGUAUCCUUGCCCCAACUGCAACCAGAGCUUCUGGGGCCCCAACACGUUCAACCAGCACCAUAAGUCGGCCCAUGGGUGCAAGACGUGCCCCCAUGCCGACACGGUGGUCAAGCACAUGAAGAAGAGAAAGGCUUGGGGCUGUGGAUUUUGCGCCGCCCUGCACGGCAAGUUCGAGAAGCACAUCGACCACGUAGCGUCGCAUUUCGAGGCCGGCAGCACCAAGCAGGACUGGCUUCACUCAAACGUCAUCUACGGUCUGCUCCACCAGCACGGUGCCCACGAGGCGUGGAAGGAGCACAUUUCCAAGAAGCAGGACCGCUUCAAUGGCCACCAGCCCAUGUUCAGCUGGAGCCCCGAGUCGACCGGCCGCGCACAAGGGUUUGUGGAGAACGAGAACCCCGGACAACUCCAGGAUUUCCUAGAGUUUUAUGAUGGCUCGAGAGAGGCUGCAGACAAGAUCGUAAAGCUCGCGUGGUCGACUGUCCACGUCGUCCUCCGACAGAAGCCCCUUCCCCUCAGCCAGCCCGUAUCUCCAUACGCAAGCCCAGUCACGGGAGACAACUCUCACAAGUUCGUUCCCAUUACAUCGCUGCAGACACAGCAUCCUACACCAAGGCGGUCUGCCUCCAUGGCCUCCAUGUCGAGCGGGCGCCGGACAAUACGGCGGUCGCCAUCAUCGACACGGAGACCUGCGAUACUGCCUGAGCACAUGCCUGCAACAGGCCACAUGUCAAACAUGGGCCUUCCGACCCCGAUACACUCGGGCAACCCCUACGAGCAGUACCUGCAGCCCCCGCAGCACCAGCACCACAUGGACCCUCAGUCGUCACCCAUCGAGGCACACCACCACGGGCAACCCUUCCACAACGUCAACACUGCGCGUCUAUCGCUGGACAAGGCCCUGCCGCCCGCCCCGGUGCCUAUGGGCGCUUUGCCUGUGAUAUCGCCAAUGGACCUCGACUUCCCCAUGUUUGACAGCAACGGCACAAACAUGAUGCUCGCGUCAAAUAUGCUCGAGCACUGGCCUAGCAUGACGACACUCGUCGAGGACCACCCCAUGUCAGACCAGGGCUACGGCAUGAACUGGCAAGACAUGAAUCACUACAACACACCACACGGCCAUGGACCUUGAAUCUCCGAGUUACCGGCCACACGCAUUUUCCCUUUGGAUCUUGGAUUUUUUUUCUUCUCUGUUUGUUCUUUCUUCCUCGACGCCAUACCCACUACAGUUCUUGUUGGUUCUUUCGUCAUUUGUAUCGAUAUGCCACUUCUUGGCGUGCUGUAUUACGUCUUUGGGACAGCCAUUCGCAGACGUUGGCGGCACCAGUCUUUAUCGUCAAAAGCCAUUGACACAUUUCCUUUUUUUUUAUAUCGUCACGCAAAAAUUCAACCGUCUUCAUGUUUUAUCGGCAGCGACCCGCAGGGCAGCAAAGGGACGAUGUACAUAAUGUAAUGAUAACAUAUAAAGAGCACGACCAUCCUUUUUUCGGGACGGGGUGGGCG